AUACAUAGAGCAAGGAAUAAGAUAUAAAGCUUCCAAAUUUGUUUGCAGAAAAACAAUGGCGGAUGUUUAUGGCAACAGUAGAGGCGGUGGCCUGCUCAGGGUUUCAAUGUGCGGCGACGCUCAAGCACGUGAAAUUGAACAGCUCUCCCGCGAAGGCAGUCAAUACAGCCUCUCUACUGGAAUUCUCCCCUCCCUUGGCGCCAGAAGUAAUCGCAGAAUUAGGCUUCCUCCUUUCAUCGUUUCACCUUACGAUCGCCGCUACAGAGCAUGGCAGAACUUUCUCAUUGUGCUGGUUGUUUAUACUGCUUGGGUGUCUCCAUUCGAGUUCGGGUUUCUUGAUAAACCAGCAAGGCCUCUCUCCAUCACAGACAAUAUUGUCAACGGAUUUUUCUUUAUCGACAUUGUCCUUACAUUCUUUGUAGCUUAUCUGGACAGAAGCACAUAUCUUCUUGUUGAUGACCGGAAGAGGAUUGCGAAGAAGUAUCUGUUAUCGUGGUUCUUUUUAGAUGUUAUAUCUACUAUCCCAUCCGAACUAGCUCGUAAGAUAAUGCCCGAACCAUUACAAACUUAUGGAGCAUUCAAUAUGCUUCGCCUCUGGCGUCUUAGAAGAGUUGGCUCCUUAUUUUCACGAUUGGAGAAAGAUAAGAACUUCAACUACUUUUGGGUUAGGUGUGUGAAGCUUGUCUGUGUUACUUUGUUUGCAGUUCAUUGUGCUGGUUGCUUCUAUUAUCUACUUGCUGCCCAUUAUCCUAAUCCAGAUAAGACAUGGAUUGGAGCAGCCAUAGAGAAUUUCCAUGACAAAAGCAUAUGGCUACGCUAUGUGACUUCUAUUUAUUGGUCCAUUACAACUCUCACAACUGUUGGCUAUGGGGAUUUGCAUGCUGAAAAUACGAGGGAGAUGGUAUUUGAUAUAUUUUACAUGCUUUUCAACUUGGGGCUAACAUCAUAUUUGAUAGGAAAUAUGACAAAUUUGGUCGUCCACGCGACUAGUAAGACCCGACAAUUUAGAGACACAAUUCAAGCCGCUUCAAGUUUUGCACAAAGGAAUAAACUGCCCGCUCGCCUUCAAGACCAGAUGCUUUCACAUUUGUGCUUAAAGUUCCGAACUGACUCUGAGGGCCUUCAACAACAAGAGAGUCUUGAUUCUCUUCCAAAAGCCAUUCGUUCAAGUAUUUCCCACUUCCUUUUCUACGCUCUAGUAGAAAGAGCAUACUUGUUCCGUGACGUGUCAAAUGAUUUGCUCUUUCAGCUGGUAUCUGAGAUGAAGGCUGAGUAUUUCCCUCCCAAGGAAGAUGUGAUCCUGCAGAACGAAGCUCCAACCGACUUUUAUAUCCUUGUCACAGGAGCAGUGGAUUUAUUGGUCCAAAAAAAUGGAGUAGAACAGGUUGUUGGAGAGGCCAAAAAUGGUGAAUUAUGUGGAGAGAUUGGUGUCCUUUGCUAUAGGCCUCAACUGUUCACAGUGCGUACAAAAAGAUUGUGUCAGCUAUUGCGUCUGAACCGUACCACGUUUCUGAACAUUAUUCAGGCUAAUGUUGGAGACGGGACUAUAAUCAUGAACAACCUUCUUAAGCACUUGAAGCAAUUGAAGGACCCAGUAAUGGAUGGAGUUCUUGUAGAGACCGAGAACAUGCUUGCUCGAGGAAGAUUGGAUCUACCUCUCACAUUGUGUUUUGCAGCACUUAGGGGAGAUGACUUGCUAUUGCAUCAUCUGCUGAAGAGGGGUCUUGAUCCAAACGAAUCUGAUAAUAAUGGAAGAACAGCACUGCAUAUAGCAGCAGCACAAGGAAAUGAGAACUGUGUGCUUCUUUUGCUGGAUUUUGGGGCAGACGUCAAUUGUAGAGAUUCAGAGGGAAGUAUACCACUUUGGGAGGCCAUGUUUGGCAUGCACAAUCAAGUUGUUAAGCUAUUGUCGGACCAUGGUGCUGCAAUAACCAUUGGUGAUGUUGGUUUGUUUGCUUGCAGUGCUGCUGAACAAAAUAAUCUGGUUUUACUCAAGGAAAUUGUUCGUCGUGGAGGGGAUGUCACUCUAUCAAAGAGCAAUGGCUGUACGGCUCUCCAUGUUGCAGUUUGUGAAGGCAACAUCGAAAUGGUCAGAUUCCUACUUGACCAUGGGGCUGAUGUGUAUAAGGGGGAUGAAAAUGGCUGGACAGCAAGGGACCUUGCUGAGCAGCAAGGGCACGACGAGAUUAAGGAGCUCUUUGAUUCUUAUAAGGUAUCUAAGACUGGAGAACCCGCUGUCACAGUCCCUGAGGAGCGCCAUGGAGUUCGUUUCGUGGAGAAGUUUAGAAGUGAACCAACAACAAUUUCACCUGUUAACCAGGACCCCUCGUUUCCUGCACCGGAUGGAUCAUGGGGAAGGUCUCGUCCAAGGCGCAGGACAAGUAAUUUCUAUAAUUCUCUGUUUGGAAUAAUGUCAGCAGCACAACUGGGAGACAAGAGCUCACAUUUGCCUGUAGACAACAACGGUACAAGUGCAGCACCGGCAGAGAGAACUUAUGCUGCAAGAGUGACUGUGAGUUGCCCCGAGAAAGGAGAUAUAGCAGGAAAGCUCGUCCUGCUUCCACAAAGCAUUCAAGAACUAGUUGAAAUGGGGGCGAAGAAGUUUGGAUUUGUUCCUGCUAAGAUUUUGAGCAACGAUGGUGCUGUAAUCGAUGAUAUACAGCUGAUCAGAGAUGGUGAUCAAUUAGUCCUUGUUAGUGAUGAUAGGAACUAUGAAAAGGAAUAAUGUUUGCUUGUAUUGACUCCAAAGUGGUCACUUGUAUCUUUAAAUCUCGUGUUAUCCACUACCAUUUCUUUUGA